UUCUUAUAACUUAUAAUGCUCUUUUGUUUUGUGGCAGAUGUGAAGGACGUGAAAUAUGUGAUAAAUUAUGACUUCCCUGGAUCCCUUGAGGACUAUGUUCACCGUAUUGGUCGAACAGGAAGGGCCGGGGCAAAAGGAACUGCAUACACUUUUUUCACUGCUGCAAAUGCUAGAUUUGCAAAGGAACUCAUCAGCAUACUUGAGGAAGCUGGACAGAAGGUCAGUCCUGAUUUGGCUGCAAUGGGGCGUGGUGCGCCUCCUCCCCUGUCAGGUCAUGGGGGUUUUCGAGAUCGUGGGAGGGGUCAUGGUAGUGGUCGCUUAUGGAACUAACUAUUGAAGGUAAACCAGUUCUCCCGUUGUAUUUUGGAGGGAAACAUUUAACAUGUAUGAUUAGACGAUAGGAGUUUAAAUGUCUUUUUUCAUUUAUGUUGAAUUUUUGUUCAAUUACGUAGAGGACUAACUGUAGUUAGUGUUGGACUGUGUAAGAUAAAACAUUUGUUUAUAUCAUUAAAGGUUUUGAGGAAGAAGAUAAACAAUUGUAUUUUCAUUUUGCUUUGCCCUAAAGUAGUGGAA